AUGAAUUAAAUUUAGUAAGAAACUGAAGAGCCAAGUUCAAAAUUAAAUUAACUAAUGUUAACUGAUGAACCAAUAGGUGAAAUUUAAGAUUUCCUCAAUUAUUCUUUAUCAGAAGGCAUCUUCUCAAUAUAAGGAUCAAAAAGAAAUAGCAAUAAUAUUUAGAAGAGUUAAAGUUCUAACUAAAAUGAUCAUGAAAAUAAAAGAGUUUAGUUUGAUUCAUCACUUAAUAGUCCCUCAACUCAUUUUCUAGUUAAUAAAAAAAGUACUAGAUUCUAUGAAGCUUCUCAACAAUCACAUCAAUAAUAAUAAAUAUGUAGUGUUAUUCAAUUUUGCUUUAUCAAAAGGUUCAUUAAUCGAAUAAGUUGGAAAAAGAAAAUAAAUGCCUAAUUUAAUUUCUAUUAAUAUAACAUUCUCAAAGAUUUAGGUUCAUCAUUCAAUUUAAAACUUUUUAGAGACAGUGGUCUCAAUCUUAAACCUAUGAUUAGUCAAUUUAGUAACUCUAAUAAUAAUCUUAAUUAGAAUCAAAAAAAGAAGUAAAACUUUUGAUUUUAUUAGUUCUAGGAGAUUUACAAAAAAAUUAUCUAAACAUUAUUCUGAUUUAAAAAAUUGUACAAAUAAUUUUUACAAAAAAAUAGAAUUAGAAUUGGAGAAAAUACCCUUAAUCACACCAGAAUCUCGAUUAAAGAUAGUUUGGGAUUGUGUAGUCAUGAUGAGUAGAUUAUAUUUUCUAUUUACUAUCCCAUUAGAUUUAGCUUGGAAUUAAUAAUAGAUCAUAUAUGGUCAACUUUACACACCAACUAUCUUUAUGAUUCUACUCUUAGUAUUAGAUAUCAUCUUAAGCUUUAACAAUUCCUUUUAUUAAUUUGGUUAAAUUGUUAGUAAUAGAGUCACAAUAGCUAAAAAUGUAAUAAGUAAGUGUUAUGGACUAGAAGCUAUUUCUAUACUUAUUUUAGUGAUUUAUGCAAUCAUUUUUAAUUCUUCUAAAUAAGGGUUUAAUCUAAUGAAUGAUUGGUGGGAUCUAAUAUUGUUAUUGUUUUUUGUACAAUCUAGAAAUAUUCCAAAAUUAAUUAGUCAAAUUGAAGAAACUUUAAAUUUAUCCAAACCUAGUAGCUCAUUAUUAGAAUUAUUUAAAUUGCUUUUAGUUUUAUUCUUCGUUCUACAUUGUUAUUCAUGUCUUUGGUAUUUUGUAAUUUAUAAUAUAAAUAAUUUAAUUAGGUUGGAUAUUAUAGUCAAUUAAAUUCAGAGAAGGGGAGUUGGUUAGAGUUCUAUCAUAUUGAAAAUGAAACUUGGUAGGUUUAAUAUUUAUAUUCUUUCUAUUUUUCUACUGUAACUAUGUUUACUAUUGGAUAUGGAGAUGUUGUACCUAUUAGUUAUUUAGAAAGAAUUGUUGCUAUUCUUUAUAUGAUGAUUUGUAGUAUUCAACUUAGUUAUAGUGUUAGCACAGUAGGGGCAAUUAUUGAUACAAUAUCUGCUUAUGGAUAAGAAAAAAUGAGAAAAAUGAGGAAGAUUAAUACAUAUAUGUAAAAUAGAAAAAUUGAAUAUUAAUUACAAUAUUAAAUUAGAGAAUACUUAAAUUAUUAUUGGGAAUCACAAAAUCUAGUAGAAAAUGAUGAACUUAAUGAGAUAAUUAAUUAAUUAUCUGAAAAUUUAAGAGAAAAUUUAAUGAAUUAAUCAAAUUCAAUGAUUUUAAAUGAAUGUCCUCUAUUUAAAAAUAAUUUCAGUGAUGCUCUAAAGUCAAAAUUAGUUCAUAAAAUUAAACCUGCAGUCAUAUAACCAGAGAAUAUCAUUAAUUUUGAUUCCAUUUUCCCUUAAUUACCUAAUGGUUAAUUAUAUGUAUGUUUCGUUGAAUUUGGAGAUAUUUAAAUAUUUAUUUAAAAUGAUUAAAUUGAUUCAAUCUUAGAAAAUCCAUAAAUUGCAGAAGUUAGUAAAGUUGGAAAAGGUUCAAGUCUUGGUAUUAUUAGUUUUAUAACCGGGAAAUAAUCAUAAGAAAGAUUUAGAAGCAUUGGAUUUUCAAAAUUAUUAAUGUUAUCUAGAGAUGAUUUUUUAAAAGUUAUUUAAGAUUUUCCAGAAGAUUAUGAAAGAUUUAGAAAUCUAUAUGAUAGUGUUUAAUUUGAUGAUGUAAGUGCAUUACAUAUGAAAUGUUUUAGUUGUCAUUCAAGUUAUCAUAGAGUUCUUUAAUGUCCCUUAUUACAUUAUAUUCCAGAUAGAGAAUUAAUAAUCAAAAGAUAUCAAUUUAGUAUAGAUUAAAUAAGAAAUAAAAAUUUCAUUAGAAAUCCAUUUAGAUAAAGAGGAUACUUUGCAGCUAGAUUUGAUCAAGAAAUUAUAGAAUAAGAAGCAACAUCAUUUAAUAAUAAUAAUUGGAAAUGGGCAGAAUUUUAUGAAGAACCUGAUGAUGAAAUACUUAAAAGAAGUGAUGUUUAAUUUAAUUAAAGCAACCUUGAAUAAAGUACUUCUAAUCUAUAAAUCUUAAACUAACCUAGUUAAUAAUUAAAAUCUAAUUCAAAUUCAUUCUAUUCUGUAAUGGAUUAAUCUCCUAAAUUAAAUUUAGAACCUCCAGUUACCAAAAAGAAAGCAACUUUAUUUAAAUAAAGAACUAAAACUAUAGAACUAAUGGAUAUUGAUGAUAAAUCUUUAAAAGCAUCCUUAAUGAGUAAAGCCAGAAAUUAAAAUAUAUACAAUAAUAAUCUGAAAAUCAUUAAGGAAGAAGAUUAAUUAGAAAAUUCACCUUUAAGUAAAUUUAAAAAAAUGAGACCUUCAGUAACUAUCGAAUUAAAUAUUCAAAGAGUUAAAGAAAACAUUUAAAAAAUGAGAAAAGUAGUUAAAACAAUCACAAAUAUGAAUAGAAUUAAAAAAAGACAAAAAUAAAAGAAAGAAACUAAAUAAAUAGUUAAUUCAUUUUUAGAGAUCAUUUAAUCUUAAAACUUUAUGAAAGGAGUCUUAAAUAAAGUGAGAAUUAGAUUAAAACAGAUAUAGGAUGGUAAAAAGUAAAUAUUAUCUGAAAAAGAUAUAUCAGAUACUAUGCUAAUGGAAAUAAAAUUAAAAAUGCAAAUCAAUCAAUUAAAUGAGUUCUAAAAAAAAGAUUAAUAUUUAAUAAUGGAAUCAUAUAAGAAAUUUAAACAUUAUCAUAUACAGAAUAACUUAGAUUCCAUAUUAGAAAGAAUGUAUUUUUAUAAGUAGUAGCAUUAAUUAAAUAGUUAAAUUAAAAAUUACCAAUCUUAAUUUUUGAAAUAUAUGAUAUACCCAGAGAUAUUCUUUGAAAAAUAUAGAUAUUAAUAAAUCCUCAUUCCUAAAUUUGAUAUAUCAGAAUCCCGAAGAAAUUCAAGAGAUGAGGAAUCUGAACAAACAUUAAGGAGAAGCAAGAUGUUAAAGAAAAGUUUUAGAAAUGUUAAAUCUUCACAAGUAAGACCAGCAUCAGAAGGAACAGCUAAAAUAUAGUUUUGA